GACGAGGGGGGACCUCAUUGAAGUACAGAAUAGUGAGAGGUCUGGGUAGAGCGGAUGUGAGGAUGUUUCCACUGGCGGGAGAGUCUAGGACUGGAGGUGACACAAUAAACAAUGGACAAGAACAUAAAAUAACCCUCUCGCUGCGCCACCUGCAGAGAUGUAUGUGACUGGUUUGUCCUAAUUGUUUGAUAAAAAGGGGAACUGGUGUAACAAUGACGUAAUGACACACACACUUGUUGGAUAAUGCAAAAUGUAAGAGGGAGUGAAUGGUUUUGGUCACCGUGUCUCCACCCCGGGUCUAUAUAAAGCCCACAUUUGGAGGCAGAGCAACAUCAGAUGCCGCUACACCGGCCGGGGUAGAGGAACAAGACAAGCGUUGUUCGCCGGCCAUCGACCAAGGCUCAAGUUCGGGGGGUUUGGUGAGGCGCUAAGACAAUAGCGGAUGGGAUCACACAGCAGUAUCUCACAGAAGUCACCCGCCAGCGUGGACAAAUGUGAUUUCAAGAGGUACGACGAAAGGGAUCGCUUUAGGAUGAUCAGAAAUAUGAACCAUGAGAUUCUCCGGGUGUAUGCCGAUGGAACGCCAUACCCGACGGCCGAAUUUGCGCAGCGACCAGUCCCAAGGUCACAAGCAGAUAAAGAUGGCGUCGAGUUUAACAUGAGAUGGUAUAAAAGAAAAAAUAAUAUACAGAGGCCCAAUGGCAUCCCGGUCGUCUUCCAGAUUAAGGUCAACGGGUCGGACUAUCACUUGUGUUGCCCUAAGGAAGGAACGAGACUGAUGUUUAAGGAAGGCGAAGCUCCAGCUAAAGUUAAACAGAAUAUGAACAUUAUCUUUUUCCAGCAGUAUUUAGAUGGACAAUAUCACAAGUUUGAAUCUGCAUGGGCACAGGGAUGGUUCUUGUGCACCAAAGAUCACACUCUUGCUAUGAAGACUGCUGAUGGGACGGACGAAAUGAUAGCCAUCGGCUUGGAUACGUUAUAAGAUCCUUCUACCCUGUCAAAUAUUCAUCAUAAUUCUCACUUGAAUUAACAUUCCCAGUUAAUUUAUAGCACAGAAACUGCUCUCCUCAAAGUCCUCAACGACCUCCUCACCUCUGCUGACACCAGCUCCCUCAACAUCCGCCAUGUCAUUAAAACCUCCUUCUUCCAUCUCCGCAACAUCGCCAAACUCAGACCCUCUCUGACACCUCCCGCUGCUGAAAGACUCAUCCAUGCCUUCAUCUCCUCCCGACUGGACUACUGCAACUCGCUUCUCCUUGGCAUCAGCUCCACCUACAUCAACCGACUCCAACUGGUCCAGAACGCAGCCGCCCGACUCAUCACCCACACCAAAUCCUGGCAUCACAUCACUCCAGUCCUCAAACAACUUCACUGGCUUCCCAUCUCCCACCGGAUCACCUACAAAAUCCUGAUCCUCACCUACAAAGCCCUCCACCAUCUGGCCCCCCCAUAUCUCACUGACCUCCUCUCCCCCUACCAACCCUCAGAUCCACAUCUGUCACUCUGUACUCAGUCAUUUGAUUCUGCGGCUGGCACUGGCCACUUUAAUAACUGGCACUGGCCACUCAAAUCAGCUGCCCCAGACAUUUUUAUGAUUGGAUUAUUGUAUUUUAACGUUGUGAUUUACCUGCUUUUAACUAUUUAUACUGUUCCAUCAGGGACUGGAUUGUUUUUAGUGUUAUUAUGUGUGAAAUGUUUUAAAUUUCAUGCGAUGAUUAUUCCCUGGGAAACGUCUUUUCAUUUUGCACCGUACAACUGUUGCUUGCAAGAUGACAAUAAAGGUUGAUUGAUUGAUCAGCCGGUCUCCUCUCCAUCCACAAGUCCAACCUCCGCAGUUUUGGGGACAGAGCCUUCUCCAGGGCAGCUCCCAGGCUCUGGAACUCCCUCCCCCAACUGAUCCGCAAUUCCGUGUCCCUCACCAUCUUCCAGUCCCACCUCAAGACUCAUCUCUUCACCUCUGCCUAUCCUUAGCCCCCACGUCCCCCUCCCUUUCCAUAUGUGCAUUAAUUGCCUCGUAUUGUGUUUUGUAUUGAAUUCUGUCUUUACUUUGUGUACAAGUCAUGUCUCUACUAUUUAUUUCAUUCCCCUUACAUGUUUUUCCUCUACCUGCUAAAUUUUUUGUAAGGUGUCCUUGAGACUCUUGAAAGGCGCCCAUAAAUAAAAUUUAUUAUUAUUAUUAUUAUUAUUAAUUUAAACGAAUGACGCACUUUCAGAGAAGCCAUGGUCAGUUCACUCUGUCUCUCACAAUUUAAUGAUCUUUAAUCAAAUCUCCCCUCAGCUACGAGAAGAUUGUCAAAGACUGAUGACACAAACAUCAAGUUAUUAAAAGCAGAGGCUCAGACCAUUAUUGAAGUCUGGGCUGAGAAGUGAUUCCACUUCAUACCGCUGGGGUGUAAACUACCCAAGCGAAAUAUGGCUCUGACGAAGGAUCUCGACCUGAAACCUCACCUAUUUCCUUCUCUCCAUAGAUGCUGCCUCACCUGCUGGGUUUUUCCAGCAUUUUUGUCGACAAGUGAAAUAUGAGGAGCUGUUCCUCCAAUUUGUGCUGGGACUGACUCUGACAAUGGAGGAGGCCCAGGACAGAAAGGCCAGACAGUAUGGGAGGGGGAGUUAAAGUGUUUAGCAACCAGGAGAUUAGGCCGACUGAGCAGAGGCUUCAGCAAAACGAUCGCCAAACCUGCCUGCACCCCAGUGGUAUGAACAUUGACUUCUCUAACUUCAAGUAGCCCUGGCUUUCCCUCUUUCUCCAUUCCCUCCCAGUCUUACUGUCUCCAACUAUCUCUCUCUCUACUGCCCACUCCCCUGACAUCAGUCUGAAGGAAAGCUGUAGGCCCAGAUGGUAUAUCUGGGCCAGUACUAAAGUCUUGUGCUAAUGAGCUAGCUCCAGUGUUCACCACAAUGUUCAACCUCUCCCUGGCCAAGUCCGUGGUCCCUGCCUGCUUCAAGAGAUCCACUAUUGUCCCAGUGCCUAAGAAUGCCUCUCCAGCCUGCUUGAACGACUGGUGGCUCUCAACUCGGGGGUUAUGAAAUGCUUUGAGAGGCUGAUCAAGGACUACAUCUGCGCCUUCCUCCUUCGCACAAUGGAUCCGCUGUAGUUCACAUACAGUUCAAACAGAUCCAUGCAUGAUGCCAUCUCCCAGGUUUUGCACACCAUUCUUUCUCACCAUGACUUUUAAAAAAAAAUGUAAAUACUAUUUCUGUUUGGUUGUUUUGCACAAGCACUGCCACUUUCUGUACAUCAUUCAAAGGCACAGCAUUUCCUUCCAUUCAUUGCUACGCAGACAAUACACACCUGAAGCCCAAAAACGAUCAAAUCUGCUUAACAUUAUCCGCUGCCUCGAGGGUAUAAAGUGUUGGAUGGCCCAGAACUUCCUCCAACUAAACGAGAGUAAGUCUGAGGUCAUCCUUCUCAGCCCCUCGCACUCAAUCAAAAUGAUAGCAGGCAACCUUGGAAGCCUUACCCCACUACUCAAACCUCACGUCAAAAACCUUGGCAUAUUUGACUCAGCAUUGAAAUUUGACAAACAAGUAAAAGCUAGCUUCUUCCAGCUUCAGACGACAGCUAAAAUAAAACAAUUCCUCGAAAAGAUCAUCCACACAUUUAUCUCCUCCCGCCUAGAUUACUGCAACUCCCUUUACACUGGCAUCAGCCAAUCUUCCCUGUCCCGCCUGCAACUGAUCCAAAACGCCGCAGCGAGACUCCUGACGGGCACCCGAAAAAGGGACCACAUCACCCCGAUCCUGGCCUCUCUCCACUGGCUCCCAGUGCGGUUCUGAAUAAAUUUCAAGAACCUCCCUUAUGUCUACAAAGCCUUCAAUGGGCUCGCCCCCACCUACAUCAAAAGUCUGCUUACCCACCGCACCACCUCCAGGUCCCUCAGAUCGGCCGACUUGGGGUUACUGAACAUCCCGCGGUCCAGGCAUAAGCUCAGGGGUGACCACGCCUUUGCGGUUGCAGCUCCUAGACUGUGGAACAGCAUCCCCCUUCCCAUCAGAGCUGCCCCCUCCAUCGACUCUCAAGUCAAGACUUAAAACUCAUCUUUACUCUCAAGCCAUUCUUGACGUCCUCUGAGGGAGGGCUAUAUGUAUGUAUUUAUGUAUGUACUUAAUCUAUGAACCAAUACCUCCAUCUUAAAGCACUUUGGCCAACGAGAGUUGUUUUUUAAAUCUGCUAUACAAAUAAAAGUGACUUGACUUGAUCUUGUUUAUGUAUGUGUAUGUGACAAAUAAAGUUGACUUGAAGGAUCUCGACAAAAUGGACUAAAAACGUUGCUUUCGAUUUUCCCUUUAAAAAUCAAAUAAUGACAACAAAUGAUUUCCAUGGGUCAAGCACAUAUCUCCUUCCUCUCCUAUUAUUCUGUUCUUUGAACCAUGAGAGCAGUCUAUCAGGAUGUUGGCUUCUCAAAAUAUCAGCAGAGAAUGAAGUUUCUGGCUGAUAACUGUUCACAACCAGUAACAGCAACAUAAUUCACAAUUUCGGGAUUUACUGCAGGGCUUUGAUCCACACAUGGGUUUAGUCCCCUGGGAUUCCUCUCAUGGCAGUCUGCAUCAUUAUUUUCCUUAAAGGCAGUCUUUGCUUCUGUCUUUCUGACUUGUCAUCGAUAGCAGUAAACUUUCCCCAGUGAGGGCAACACGGUAGCACAGCUGUCGAGUUCCUGCUUUACAGCACCAGACACCCGGGUUCGGGCAAAGGAAAUCUGCAAAUUCUAAAUGACAAUCCCGUCAAAUCUCCCAAGGUGCAUAAUUCCAAUUCAACAUGAAGAUGAAACAGACAGCCCUUCACGUUCUGAAGGAGGCGAGAACUUACCCAAGAGCAUCAAGAGAUGAGUGUAAACAGAAGCUGCAGAAAGGAAACGGAUGGGGAACGUCCAGCACAACCCGAAAUAAAUCCUGAACACUAACUUUAAAAAAUUGCCCAAUUCCUUGAUAUUAUUGUUUCAAGGUUGAAUCACUACACAAUUCAAGAAUUUAGGAAGGAACUGCAGAUGCUGGUUUAAACCGAAGAUAGACACAAAAAGCUGGAGUAACACAGCGAGCCGGACAGCAUCUAUGGGAAAAAAGAAUAGGUGAUGUUUCAGGUUGAGACCCUUCUUCUCCAGCUUGGAGAAGUCGUCACUUUUAAUUAUAUAGUACAUUUAAAAAACAACUCUCGUUGGCCAAAGUGCUCUACAUUGGUGGAGGUACUAACGUUUGAGAAGGGUCUCAAACUAAAACGUCACCUAUUCCUUUUCUUCAGAGAUGUUGUCUGACCCGCUGAGUUACUCCAGUUUUUUUUGUGUCUAUCGACAACUAAAACUCAUGGAUUUUGACAAAAGUGAUGAGACCACUACAAUCCCACUGUCCACUUCACCCACGUCCACUUACCACACCAGUUCACAGGUGAUUUCCGGGCACGUCACCACAUUUUUGUUCGUACGUUGCCUGUAUAAUAAUGAAAGUUUCCCGCUAGUGGUCAUGACUAGCCCAGAGAGAAACAAAGCAGCAUCAUUGUUUUACAAUAUACUUUUAAUCAUCUUAAAGAUUACAUUUUUUUUUUUUUUAAAGUCUUUUUACAUUGGAAUGUUGUCAUAUUCCCUCAUACAUUUUACAGGGUUACAAAAUCUGCUUCGAUCAUUUUUCAUCCAAAUCAAGGAACAAAAAAAAGGAAAAGAAAAAAAAAAUUUCACUUCACCUGGAAAACUAAUUCAACAAAAAAAGAG